CGCCAUUUUGUUGGUUGCACAUCCACCAUCGAAGCAAAAACAAACAACACACACUGCGAGAAUAUCAAAAAGUUAUUCCACCAUAAUUUGGAUUUUCAAAUUUGAUUCCAUCUCGAAAUCUAGAUUUUUUCCCAAUUUGGAAAAAAUAUAUACAAAAUUCCUUCCCCCCAGGUAUAUAGAUAUUUCGUUUUUUUCGUUUAAGAAACAUGAGAGGAGAGGACAAAGAGAGAAUAUAAAAAUUUCAAGAUUCUAAAAAAUCGAAAUAAAUGAGGAGUAAUAAAUCAUAAUAAUCUCAAUUAUAGUGGGGUGUUGGGUGAGUAGUAAAUUACGUGAGAGUAAUUUACGAAAAUCUGAUAAGCAAACCAGCCCGAAAGAUGAUGGAGAAUCGCGACUUGAUAAGUGUGGAGCGUUUCUCGAGGAGUAGUUUUACGAGUAGGAGUAGUAACUUUUUUGUGGGGGAGGUUAUUAGAAGGGACUAUUGGAGUGGGGGAACGGGAAGUCAGGGGGAGGAGGAAUAGAUGUGGGACAGUAAGACGUUAAGAUAACGACGACAAAGAGAGAGAUAAACUUUGUUUUUGUUAAGAUUAAAGAGGCGACAAAUUGGAGGGAAAAAGUGACUUGAACUUGUUGUUUUGAGAAGUCAAGAUAAGUGACACGUAAUAGUAGUGACAAGGAGGGAGGACUUGUCGAAGGUUGCCUCUCGUGACAAAUUGCAAUGCAAUGAACAACUUAAUGAUGCAGUUGGGUGCGGUGUUAUCAACCGCAAUUGAAGAAGCUACCCGACAUGCUACUGCAGCAGUGAGAAAUCCAAACCAGACAAAUACUAACAAUACUGUGUCCUCGGUCACAGCGACGGUCACUUCAUCCCGAUUUGAUGGUAGUGGCGGAGAUGAAACGACGAGUGGAAGUUCGUCAUCGUCAAGUAACAGUGAUCAUCAGCAUCAAGAUGGGGGAGAAAGACAUCGUUCAGGGGAAGAAGAACGGGGUGGGGGAAGUGGUGGUGAAAUGGAAGACUUAAUUAUUUUACCUCCUCCUCCUGUAGUGACGACGAGUGAGUGUUUCGUUGGUGGGAAACAGGUCACUAUAACGACGACGACGACAAUGUCGGGUCAGACGCAUGUCAAAGUCGUUGGGGUCACGGAAAUGAAUAAGCGUCAAGAACUUCAAAAGUCGCAGCCGCAAUUUGAAGCAAACUUGGUUUCUAAUUGUCCCCUUAUUGUAGAAUCUCAUAAAAGGUAUUCCCCUCCCAUCGUGUUGCAACAGCAACAACAACAUCCUGUCCCAGUGUCGUUGAUGAAUGGUGGGAGUCCACCCACUCCACCCUCUUCACUGUUAUCAUCACCAGGUAACGAAAGCCCCACGUUCCCGAGUCGUCUAACAACCACGCCACCACUACAACUGACGACGACGCAUUUCCCAUCCGUUCCCGUCCCAAUCGAUGUCCCCGUCGAUGCCGUCGGACAGCAAGAAAUAGUACAACACACACCUCCACAACUACUACCAUUACCACAACCUCCUAUUCCUUCCGAAAUUGUGGAUAAUUGUAGUCUUCAACUAAGGGUAAUAAAUGCUAACAGUGAGUCACCACCUCCUCAAAAGAUGGAUCGCCCACCUCCACACCCCGAACCCGAGAAGGAAACAAUAGUUCCUCCUCCACCGCCGCCGCCGCCCACAAUUCUCCACAGUUACCCAGUUGAAAUCUCCCCGCUACCCGUUAUACCUGCAGUAACGACAAGGGUUCUAUCUCCUCUCCUUCGAAUUGAGGCGUCAGAAUCAUUACCACCAACCACCCGAAUUAUUCCUCUUCCGCCCAAAAUGGCGUCAUCUCCACCACAAAAUCAACAGAUACCAAUUUCUCAAAGCGUGUUUACCCCCUCUUCCUCGUCUCCUCCUCCCGUAACAGAAACCUAUUUGAGACGGGUUGUUAGCAAUGACGACGUAUUUGGUGGAAACAACAGUAGUUGUAAUCCCAACUCUGUCAGACCCACGGUUCUCAUGAGCAUGACGCCCAACUCUACUGCUACUAGGAUUAACAGCUUAUCAUCCCCCACUCCGCCAUUAUCGCCGCAAGUAGCGCUGUCUCUCGUGCUCCAGGAUCAUAAUUACGUGGCAUUUCCAAAAUAUUCACCCCCUCGAAUGUCGUCAAUGUCUCCCGUGAGAUCAUCCCCUCCCUCAUCGUAUUCAGUGUACAAUUCUAAUACAAGUAUCCCUCAUCACCACAAGAACCCUCAAUAUGGUGCUAUGAACAUGAGCAACUUGACACCAUCACCAAGACCUUUACCGAUGACUAACUCUUCUCCUGUUGGUGGUGGACCUGGAGGAAUGUCAAUCACACCAUCACCCUCAAUGAAAGUGGUCAAGAAUAGAGUACGAAGAACGGAGGGAUUAGAAUCGUCAAAUCGAGGAAGGAUAAGGAGAUCGUUGGGUAAAAGAGAUGGCACAACGGCUCCCCACACGAGGAGAAAGAGUGGCGUAAGACGUGGUGGUGGCACAGGUCAAAGGAGGGGUCCCAAGCCACAAAGCAGCAGCACGCUAAUUCCAAACGUACAUACAUCACCAACAUCAUCCCCAGCUGCAACAGGACUUGUAUCCCCCAUCAACUUGUUGACCCUCGCUUCGGUGAGUCACAGUAAAAGUGGAAUCCCUGUACCCCAUCAUCAUCACCGCCACCACCACCACCACCACCACCAUCAUUCGGAAUUUAGCCCCCUCGACAAGUAUAAUAAACCAAGCAUGGAAAUCACUACAACCAGCAGCAGCAUGACGAAUAAUCGUAGUCGACAUGAAAGCACGACAUCUACUCAAUCGGCCUCUGAAGGUGAAGAUGAAGAUGAUGACAUUGAUGACGAUAAUGAUGACGACGACAAGGCCAGCGGUAACAACAGUGAUCAUAGCAGGUUGUACAUUGCAGAGGACAACGAAUUUCCAGAAAACGGGGUUCGAAAUUUAAAUUCGUCUAAUAACGCGAUGAAGAGACCACCCACCCCACACGGAACGGAUGAAGGAAUUACCCGCUGCAUUUGUGACUACCUGCACGAUGAUGGUUUUAUGAUUUGCUGUGAUAGGUGUUUCGUCUGGCAGCACGUCGACUGCAUGGGAAUUGACCGAACAGCCAUCCCAGACACGUAUCUAUGCGAAUUGUGCAAGCCCAGAUGGGUUUCAAAAAGUAGGGCGAGAACAAUCCAGUCAAGAAAGCUGGACAUUAUCGAAAAGGAUAAGGAUGUAUCAUUUGACAAGCUUUCGGUGCAAAAUUUGGACGAGAUGAGUUCAAGAAUAGCGGCCAAUGCUGCAAUCCGUGAAGCAAGCAUGAACAACAAUAGUACCACUAUCAAUCUUCUCUCUCCCGUCAUUCCAAGUUCCCCAAAUAAAUUUAUCGAUGCUAAGGUCCGCCGCCGAGGAAGGCCUAGUCUUUCGAAUGGACAAGGGCUCCACCAUCAUUCCCUGCCCGCUGGCAACAACUCUGACACGGAUGAAGACAUGGAUGGAAGUGGGAUGUUAGGCACCUCAGGAGGGGGGAAUAAUAAUAGAUCAAGAAAAUUUAGUGGGAGAAGAUUAAAGCACGAAUCCUCAAGUGGAGGGGGAGCAAAUCCUGGCAAAGGUAGUGGACGCGGUGGCGCUCGUAAGUUGAAACUUGGAGAGAAUCGAAUCAAACGGAGUUACACGAGGAGGCACACCGUUCCUGCCAUGUCCGGCCCUUCAUCUCAUCAUCAUGAUAGAAAUUUGGCGUUUAAAUCCCCACAAGGAGAAAAGACAGGAUUCCUGGAUGGUGGAGGAUCUGGCACGGAUGAUGCAAUUUCUUCAAGUCCACUGGUCUCUCCUGGAGAGGAAACUAAGAGAGGAUUCUUCUCCAACCAUUACAACAACAAUAGUAGUAAGCGAUUUGAUGAUACUGAUGACUUAUCAAAUGGUGGCUCAGAUUCUCAGCAUGGUGGUGGGGAUAACGACAACGCGUCGUUUAAUUCGUUAAUCGAAUCGAGAAGGAAAGCUCCAAGGAAGCAGACCUUCAGAGCCAUUACGAACGGUGAUAUAAGCCCUCCCCACAUCAUCUCUUCUCCGUCUGAUUCGACGGAAAAAUCUGGAUUAGCAACAUCCGCUCAAUCUGCAAAGUCUCCGCUAUUGGAUAACAAAGCUCACACUCCGACAAGUUCUUUACCUAUGACGAACGGAUUUCUGAGCAGUAGCAGCAGCUCCAUGUCUUCUCCAGAAAGUCCUCCCUACCACCACCAUCGAACAUCCACCAGUCCAAUUAUCAGUCCCCUCAACUACUGCCCGUACUCCGUCUCACCCUUUCUCGACAGGUACGAGGAGGCUGAAAACUCGGUGUGCAGCUACUCUCAAGAACUAAGAGCUAAGCUGUUGAAACAUCACAGCGCCAACACCAACACUGUACCUGACUUUAUCACUUUGGAGGAUGGGAUGAAGAAGUGGAAGCUGGGAAUCACGAGUCUCGAAGGGGGCAAAAAAUUAAAAACAUUAUUGGCAAAUUCUCGCCUGCACCAGAACGAAGCGGUCAUUGAAUUGGUUGGAAAGUAUCAAAUGUCGAGCAGUUUUACGCCAACCAGCAGCGCAAAAAGAGUCAGCCCUGGAUCCUCCUCGAGUCUCAUCUUCCCCGAACCGUUCGCUUACUUCCAUCAAGUACCCCGGAACGGAAUGUGCAUCAGUAUCGAUUUACGCAAGUAUGGGAAUGAGGCCCGAUUCGUUCGCCGCUCUUGCAAAGCAAAUGCAGAAAUUCGCCAUGUCGUCGGAAAGGGGACACUCCACGCGUACAUUGUCACCCUCAAGAAUGUCGAACUGGAUGAAGAGAUCACCAUCGCACACGAGUUUCAAACCAUCAAGAAAGGCCCAAGUCAUGAGUAUACUGUGGCGCCGUUCCCCCUCCCCUGUGCUUGUGUGGAUCUGACCACUUGCAACGCAAGGAUGAACGAAUCUCCUGCAAUUAUUGCUGCUGCUGCAGGCAUGUCGACAGAAGGGUAUUCGGCUAAGAAACAUAACGGAGCCAUUGUUAUGGGGGGGACGACGAGCUUACCCUCGCCCGUGUUACCAGCCGAACCAAAGGAACGAAAAAAGCGGCUAAGUUCACGCCGAAUGUCCUCUAUUGAUAAGGAGCCCCUACAACUGGUUGAACCACUAGUUGAAUUUUCAAAAGAUAACAUUGUUCCUGAGAAAGCAAAUCCUAUUCAAACCGUCUUGUCACAACAAGCUGUCGUUGGCCCUGUCGUGUUGUCGCAAGAUAUCAUUGAAUCUUCUAAGCCGGACUCUCAACCAGUCGUAACAAAAGAACGAACCACCCGGGCCAGAUCUGCUGCCACUAAUGUUGUUGCUCCUCCUCCACCAUUAGAAGAACCUACCCCAGUUGUGACUCCGCCAGUUCCUGCGACACGACGCACUCGAACUGAAAGCAUAACAUCCCGACAAAGGAAUAAAUCUGGCCAGGGUGAGGUCAAAGUAGUAAAGGAACCAUUAGCAACACAAGAACAACAACAUCGUGCUCCAUUUGCGACACCAAUAGUUGCUCCUGCCGCUACUACUACUACUCCGCAAAAGCCCACCACUGCUCCUAAACCGAAGGGAGAACCCUUAUCUCGCGAAGAACGGAAACUACAAUCCGUUCUGAGAUUAAUUGAGAGAUUGGAGAGUAAUCAAAAGAAGAAGGAAAGCCGACAAACUCAACGAAAGGACAAAGGAGGAAGUAGCAGAAAAGGUGAUGAUGAAGACCACGAAGAUUUGGAUUCUCAGACUGACCACGUCGUCGUUCCAACACCUCCCGUUAAGACAGUAAAGUUUGUUCAACAAAUCCACAAGAGGAAGGGGAAGAAGAGGGGUCGAUCGGGGAGUCACUCGUCUAAAGUUGGGGCUACGCCAACAGCACCAAUGGUCGCAGGAAAGCCACAGAUGAUUAGCCAACGCAAUUCUGGAAGUGGAGGAGACCAACGGUCAACAUCUACAGAGUCUGAAAUAAAUUCUGCUGAUGAUACGAGAGAAACUUCUUCACCUACGGGGGGAGGAGAUUUCAGAUUGCCAAAGACAAAACGGGCGCUCUUGUCGGAUUGGUACAAUUCUCCCACAAGUUCAGGAGAACUAAAUCUCCCCCAACAGUACAUGCGCCGAACUGUCAGUACAUCUGGCUUAGCACAACCCAACUCCUCUGUCACCACUCCAACAAGUCUUUCAACCACUCCCACUACCAGUAACAACACAAAUUUAGAUAAUGCCUCCGCCAAAAAGCGAUGGCUGAGACAGGCCAUAAGCGAAGAGACGGACCACCCCACCUCAGCCAGCCCAGCCAACUCUCGACCCAUGUCUCCUAUCACGACCGAUUGUGUUGCACCCCUGAAGAAGAGACGAUUUGCCAGAUCAUCCAUUUCUUCGGAAGUUAGCAACACGCCACCACUAACUCCUAACAAUCUAGAGGGACAUAAUUCAGAGCAUGAUUCUGAAAAUGACCUCGAAAGCAUGGGAGCUGCAUACAAUCGGGUAGUUUCCUCAAACAGAGAGGAAGAAUCGAACUCGUCAAUUCGCUCGGAAGAAAGAGAAGAAUGCGAACAACGCCACAGAGAGAAACGAAUCACAUCCUUAGUAGUCGCAUCCUUAGAAGAUGAAGUGGACUUGGCACAAACAAGAAAGCAAGAAAUCAUUCUCAAUGUGACAGAUGACUCUAGCGUUACGUUAUCAAAUGAAAUGGACACCAGCACCAGGGCGGACACACCUACGGCCCGACAUGAAGAUAACGAAUUUUCCUUCUCAACAACAAAACGGACCUUAUUCGAAGAUAAGAUGGAAUCAAAUCAAGAAGAGUCGUCGAAUUAUCCCCAGCAAUUAAAUAUCACCACGGAUUAUACAAACGGUCCUGUAUUUGAUACUCCAAAAACUUUGCCGAGAAGAAGUCGUUGGGAUCAACUCGAAAGUAAGGACUCUACUACAACCUCCCCUCGAGGCUCUCCUGUCAAGGCCGAACCAAUCAUACUCGACUACAAAAGGGAUUACAAGAACAUGUGUAUGAAGUUGAGCUUUGGCGCUGGUGAAACAAGUACUUCUACUUCUCAGAGAAGAUUAAGUUUUGAGAGAAUUGAAUCCUCAUUUGAAUCAUCAUACAAUCAAAAUAAUGAGGACGAGCAACAAAUGAAAUCUUACAACAACGAAGAUCCAGAAGUAUUCAAGGCAAGUGAGCAUCCGGAAAAAGUAAUGAAGCAAAGUUUGUCAAACUUUACACCUGCCAAAAGAAAGUUGUCAAUUUUGGAGUACCGCCAACGGAAGAAAGAAGGACGUCCAUUAGACAGCCCAGGUUCAUGUGAAACUAAUCUUUCAAAUUUUAAAGGCGACAGCACAUCGAAUGAUUCUAUUCCGGAGAAGAUAGAAAAGAAAUGCGAUGAAUCGACGGAGAGUAAUCCUGUAGAUAAUACUGCAGGGUUAUCGUGGUGUCCCAUUCCCACUUUGGCAGAACGUCAAAGAGAAGAACUCAGCAAACGACUCCCUUCAUUUGGUAUAAAACUUGCUGACAGUGACAAUUCUUCAAGCCCACGAGAAGAAAAAUCUGCACCUGCUCCUCCUCCUGCUCCUCUUCCAACCCGAGCUGAAAAACCUAAAGAAAAGGAAAAGUCGGAAGGGCGCACCUCCACCAUUACACCAGAAGAAAGAACCGACAGGAAAUCAGCCACCUCAUCGUCAGGAUCUAGAAAAUCCAGCAGUGGCCACCGGUUAUCUGUACCAACACCCGCAGCACUAAAACAAUCAGGAAUGCCACCACUUCCAUCCCAUCACAAGUCUUCAUACGAAGGGGGGCCGUCCACAAAGUCUUCUAGUGGCUCAAACUCUACAACGUCUCACAAUGGGUACUCGCAAUCUUCCUCAUCAUCCGGUAGAGGAGACAGAUAUAACAAGCAUCACUACCGAGGAGGAAAAGGAAAUCACCACCACCACCACCAAUCCCACAGGUCAAAAUCAUCACAUCGUGACCGAGACCGAUCCAACAACAAUACCAGCACUACCACCGGAUCCGUCCAAACUAACAAUGCAAUAAUUGGUGGCAUCCCAGUGAACAAUUUAAUUCCACCACCACCACCACCCACAAAUCAGCCCGGGCCUGCAUAUUCGGGUCGGUUUUUUAGCAAAACGUUUUUCCCACAAACUUGAACUGUACGUCGUUGUUUUUUAUUAUUCCAUAACUUCUCAACAACUGUGUAGUUUAGCAGUAAUUGUAUGAAUAGAAAUCAAGGCGGUGUAUCGCUCUCUUACUUUCAGCAAGUAAGUUUAAGUAUAACUUUUUGUGUUUUAAAUAAUGUUUAUUAAUAUGGAUCUGAUUAUUGUGACGCCUUGGUUUUAAGUUAAUGAAAAAGCUAUGAUGAGUAUGAAUCAAACCAAGUGUGCGUGUGUCUGGUUGUACGUGCUGAUUUUUGAAACAUUACAUCAUUACUGAUUAUUAUGGGUGGGGAUAGCUUUAUUAUUUCGACAUGGCGUGACACACGACGGAAAGGAAGGAUCUCACUUGUGCAAUGAUUGAUGAGCAACCAAAAUAUUUAAAUAUGUGGGUGUCAAGAAGAAUGUCGUAUUUUUUGUAUUUUGAUUUAACCAACCCAAAGAUUUAUUCGGUUUAAUUAUAAUAAUAAGUAUAAUAGUUUAGUCGUCUGUACUCCCAAGUUGUCUGUUGGCCUCUCAAUUUAACCUUUGUUUUUUUUAUAUACUUGGGAAAUUGAAUUUUGCAGGAUCUUACGUUUCUUCCUUGCCUAGUCUUUCUCCUCUCAAGAGAAUCCCAUUAUUAUUAAGUGAAGUGUAUUUUCUCCGCAUUUUCGAUUAUUGCAUUUUCAAAAUACAAAAAUCCCACCCACCUACUACUAAAUAUUUUGUAAUACGAUACAUAACUAAUAGAAUUUUAUGUAAGAGUUUAAUACCAAGGAUCAAGUUGGGUGUUGGGUAUGCAUAGCUAUCUAAACUAUCGAGUGGUAUCGUUUCGACAAGUACAAACUUUUUCUAAGCAUUUUAUAUCCGGUUGAUUUCAGGUAAGUUUUUUUUUGUUUCUGGAAAGGUCGGUGUCAUUUUUAUGAAAAUAAUUACUAUCCUAUCCACGUUUGUGUGGUGUUGGUAUGUGUGUGUGUACCUCAUUUUUAUGCAUGUAUAUUUCCUCACAUAUACAAAAGAUAACCUCAGAUACAAAGGAAUGACUCGAGAAGAAAAGCUUUAUAUUGGCGUACGUAUCCCUUUGUUGUAAUCUAGUUAACACCACAUUUUUUAAUUAUGAUUUUAACCCGUCGAAAUAGUAGUAUUAAGUAUGAUUAUGAUUUCCGAUCGUGAAGGUACAACACAAUUAAGAGCGAGUUUUUGUCGAUGAGAAUGUGAAGAAAGUAUGCGAAAUUCUAUGAAUGUUACCUGAAUAGGGUAUCGAAACUAUAAAAUUUACAACCUAAUUGUACCCGAGCUGUUCCAAGAAUUAUAUAAAUUUUCGAGAUAUUAAUAGGGCAGCCCUACUUUUAACGAAAUCCUAAAAUAUUCUCUACCGUUAUUAUAAAAUAGAGAAAUACUAAUAUGCAUGCUAACGACACAUUUUUCCCCUGGGUAGAAAUACAUAUAUAAAGUAUGUAGUAGUUUCCAUUGUGAAAUGAAAAUUAGGGCGGAAUGAAUUAUCUAACUAACUAAUUAUAAAUAUUAAUUAAUCGAUGUACAUUUGCUGUAAAUAGUUCUCUGGCUUUGUCGCGACCUGUCAGAUGUGUAAAGCUGAUAUUACAAACUAUAUAUUGUAGAUAAGGUAAAAUUUUAACAGAGAUGAUAAUUAAUUAGGGGUUAAGAAUACUAUUAAAUGUUGUGUUAGGUAUUAUAUUAUACUGUGUCGUGCUUACAUACAAUAAUUUCGUAUCAUGUCUCUCUCUGUCAUACAUUCAUUAUUAAAAUAAUUUUGUGUUACAUACAUAUUUAAGAAAGUUAUGAAUUACUUUGAAAGAUUUUCAAAAAUUUAAAAACAAAGCAAGAGAGAAGAAAUAUAUAGGUCAAUAAAUUCGAGACUACUACUUCGAAUACAUAACUCGUGAGAAAA